AUGGCGCCGAAUUUGAAAGACCUCACAACGAGCUUGCAAGCUACCCAUCCGUACAAGUCGAACAGUCCCAAUCUUCCAAACAGCAUACCAACAUUCCUCCAGCAGUUUCCAACCCCGCCCUUGAGCAUUUCACGAUUCUCGAGCAAUUUAGCUUCGUACGGACCGAAAGCAUCGUCAUUCAUCGACUCCACAAAGGAAACGUCGCAAAUGCACGGAUGGCAUUUAGCUGACUGUCGAGCAUAUGCAACCAUGGUUGUUCUUUAUUUGACACGCGACUCAGUCGUCGGCGACACUCCGACGGGUCAAGACUCGUAUGCAGUUCUGAACGAAGCCAAUGAGGCGGCAAUGGAAGAUUGGGCUGAGAGUUACUUUGACGAGCAUUUCAACGAUGAGCAACGGGGUCGUGGACGAGCUCUCUCGGAGAUGUUCUCAAAUCUGAAAAGCCAGCGACCGACGGUGAAAGAUGGUCACCUGAAAGUUCAAGUCACAUCGAGAGCAAAAUGGUCUCCUGUGCGAUCGCCUCAUUCGCUGCCCACUUUUCCUGAGCCGUAA